AUGUCAAAAAUUUCUUUAAAAAACACAGUUUAUACUUCAGUUAAGGUAGUUUAUGGUCUUGCGUUGGUGGCAACACCAGUAUGGGGUUCAGGUGCAUUACUUGCAACUUUUAUGAUGAAUGACAGUGAUUCAUAUAAAGAUAGAUUUCAAAAUGGAUGUUUAGAAAGUUUAGUGGCCACUCCUUUUUGUUUAGCUUCAAGUGUUGUUGGUAUACACAAAGGUCAUAAAUUACCAUUUUUUAUUUAUUUACCUUUAAUACCAAUUUCAACAUAUGUAAUUUGUUUGAAUCUUGAUUUGAAAUCAGAUCCACAAUUUUACAAUAUUUUUUUUUUUUUUUUUUUUUUUUUUUUUUUUGUUUUUUUUUUUUAA